AUGGGACAAUCGGAGCCAGGUUUGGAUAAUCCUCGCCAACGCACCGUGACCCCUCUCCCAAGAAUCCAGGUGUUCAUCGUGAUCUUGAUGCAACUGACAGAACCUAUAUCCGCGACCGUAAUAUUCCCUUUCAUAAAUCAGCUCGUUCUAAGUACGGGGGUCACGAACGGAGACGAGAAGAAGAGUGGGUACUAUGCUGGGAUAAUUGAAUCGGUGUUCUUUUUUUCGGAAAGUCUCACUACCAUGCUAUGGGGACAUGCUUCGGAUAGGUAUGGGCGGAGGACCAUACUGCUGCUAGGUCCACUAGGUCUCGCAGUCGUCACUUCGCUAUUCGGACUCUCUUCCAAGUACUGGACCUUGAUCUUGUUCCGGAGUCUUCAAGGCGUUUUCAACGGGAAUCUCGGAGUCUCGAAGACCGUUCUAGCUGAGCUUUCGGACGCGACUAACAUGGCGACUGCGUUCUCAUUCACCUCCGUCAUGUGGCAAGUAGGCGUUACGAUUGGGACCUCGCUUGGAGGAAUUCUUUCCAAUCCAGCAGAACAUUGGCCCAAGUCUACUUUAGGAAAGGCACCUUUGCUUCGGAGCCACCCGUACCUGCUUCCAUGCUUAGCUACGGGUUUUAUCUCAUUCUCCAUAUUCAUUGUCGCGUUCAUUGGCCUGAAAGAGACGCACGCUGGACAUGACCCAAAUUCUUCCAAAGUUUCCCCGUGUGCGGCAUCCGUGACCUUGAAGCGUACUAAAUCUCCUACGGUGAAGAGUAAUAGAUGGAUGUCCCUAUCAAACUACUGGACUAGGGCUGGCCAAAAAGCAGAUUCUGAAGAUCAAGCCAGUCUAAUAGCGUCAGCGGAAAAUAUGUCUGUUUCCUAUGAUUCGAUGACCCGACCCUUUACUCGACCUCGCUCUACAAGCGAAGACACGCUGGUUGCGAUUGAGGACUUCCAAACAAAAAAUGCAGACUCACAACGGAUUAUCACUUUCCGCACUCUCUUGACUUCCGAGGAUGUUUUACGUCCUCUAUCUUCCCUUGCCUUAUUAUCAUUUCUGGAAACUUCGAUCUCCGUUCUCAUCCCCAUCACAUACACGACUUCCAUCGCGAACGGAGGGCUUGGUCUUACUGCAAUGCAGCUUGGUACCUUGCUUAGUGUUGGUGGAGCUAUGGGCCUUAUCUUUUCGGCCAUAGGCGUACCUCUGUUGAUAAGGCAUUUCGGCGUAUGGAAGAUGCAUUUCGCGGGAAUGAGCGCACUCAUUGUGGGAUUCUCUUCUAUAAUGAUGGCUUGUCUCACUGCAAAAAGAGCUGGAUAUGCUAGUAAAACGACGUGGAUUUUUGUCGCGAUUCAAUACGCAUCUUACAUUAUUCUACCGUUGGGAUUCAGUGAGAUACCACUAUUCUUUUGGAAUUACGCUUGGAAGAUGCUGACAAUAUUCGCACCAGCCACGUCUCAAAUGUUCGUCGUCAAUGGUGCACCUAACAGAGACGCAUUAGGGACUACAAACGGAAUGGUACAAAGUGCACGAACGUUGGCUAGAACGGUCGCCCCGGUUUGUGUGAUGUCCUUGUUUUCAAUUUCAAAAGAGUAUAACAUAGUGCAUGGACAACUGUCAUAUGUGGUAUGUCUGCUCAUCACUAUCUGUGGUUUAAGGAAUAUCCUUGAACUUCCUCGUGAAUUAAACCGACUGUAA